AUGACUAAGAAGCGCGGGCGAGAGGAUCCUGGCGACUUGCUUUCUGCGAGACCAGUCUCGUUGCCGAAACGAUCCCGGGCGGCUACAGAAUCUGACUCGGAAAUUGUGGCCGUCGAUACUAAUAAUGACCACGAAAACGUCGAGGAUGAGGACGACGAUGACGACGACUAUACUUCAUCGUCAGGCUCUUCCUCAUCCUUCAGCUCAGAAGCUGAAAGCGAAAACGCUGGUAGCGAAGAGGAAGAGGAGGAUAAUCGGGAUAUAGAAACAGACCUGAAACAGGCAGUAAAAGAGCCUGCCCCUGGGAGUAAACGCGAAGACAUCACAUACAUUCGCGGCCACCCAAAGCCUAAAAUCCACAAUAUCGACCGUCUCAAACAUCCAGAUCUUCUAUCCAGAAUCUCGACCUUCCUGCCGCAAUUGCAGGCCGCUAAUGUCGACCUUGAACGGCGGCUUGCGAGUGGCAAUACGCAGACUCUAGUCAUGGAUGAUGCGCCAGUGGGGGAAGGGGAGUAUAUCGAAAUGAACUUGGGAUUGGGUGUUUUGAAAGAGAAGAGGGAUGGCGAGAGUGAAAGUCAUAGUGCAUCAGAUAGCAACGAUGAAGAGGACGACGAAGCUGACCAUGUCAUGGAUCGGCUGAUGGGGAUCAAAUCUCGGUCAAAAGAGGAGAAUCCUGGUAUUCAAGAAGUUGAUGAAGGGUGA